AGGAGAAUAACGCGAGAAUGAAUGGGAGCGGACUAAAGGGUGCGUGUGAUCCAGACGGGGGGCUUUGAGGGAGGAGGGUCUCCCGUUCUCGCCGGUCCUGCUGCCGCUGUCUGCACAGGAACAUGGAUGCGAGUCCUCUGCCUAUCGUGGUGAUGGAGGCCGGCGGGGCUGAGGAGGAGGGAGAGGCUCAGAGAGUGAAGACUGAGUGCUUGAGACUUACUGAAGAGAGAGAUGAGGCUGAAAGGCAACUGAAGCACAUUAAGAGAGUUUCCCAAAUGGUGAUUGAGGAGGUGAGCGUGCUGCAGACGCAGCUGGAGAUUGAGAAGUCGUGUCGGGAAAAUGCUGAGGCACUCGCUACCAAGCUCAACUGUGAGAACAGGAAGCUGAAGUAUCUGAGCCUGUCGUCUCGGCCGUGUCUCGAUGAGCUGCUGCCCAGUAUCUCUGACUGCAUCUCCCUGGAGGAGGAGGCAGAGCCACAGGAUCACAGCCCAGACCCUUAUGCCCAGUACCAACAGCAGGUCAAAGAUCUUCAGGAAACGGUGAACACUUUACUGGAGGAAAAGAAGCAGUUAGCCUGUCAGCUACAGGAGCAGAAGAGACAGAUCGAGGAGCUGACAGCACUUACUGAAAAAGAGCAAGCAGAGAUGAAGGAACUUCACAAAACCAUUGAGCAGCAAACCAAGACCAUCAAGAGAUUUAACAGAGUGUCCAUGAUGGCUGCACAUGAAUAUGAGGGGAUGAAGGAGCAGCUGGAUCUGGAGCAGAGCCUGAGGCAGAAAGCAGAAACCUAUGCACAUGAGAUGUUGGUGAAGCAAAAAGAGGCAAACAGACAGAGCAUGAUUCUCCUGCAGCAGGCAGAUCCCACUAUUCAGCUGCUCAAAGCUCUGGAGGAUGUCGCCAAUGUAACCAAAACACUGGAACAGGAACGGCUGCAGCAUCAAGAAAAGGUAAAGGCUCUGGAGGCUGAGCUGGAUCAGUGUGCCUUGCGGAAGCAGCUAGCACAGCUGCAGAAACAGCUGGAGUUGCUGGAGGAAGAGAAAAAGGACACAGAGGAGAGGCUGCAGGAGGAGAUGAAGAAGUGCAGUGAUUUGGAGUGUAGAGUGAACGAGCUGCAGGAGUCUCAGAGGACCUGUGUUUCAGCCUCGGGUCCAUCUCCUGGGACCGCACCUCCCCCUGCACCUCCUCCAACGCCCCCUCCUCCUCCUCCUCCACCCCCUCCUCCCCCUCCACCCCCACCCCCUCCCUCUCGCUGCAACCCCCUCAGCUCCCUCAUCGCAAUCAUGAGGAAGUCUUCCAAGGGUGGAAAAGGCUCUCCGAAAUUAGAGCAGGCUCCAGCGAAUGAAGGUGUGGAUGAUGUCAAAUCGAAGGCUGUCAAUGAAAUGAUGGAAAGGAUCAAGCAUGGAGUUGUGCUCAGGCCUGUGAAAGGACAGGACACCAAGAGAUUUGGAACAAAGCAGCCAAGUCCAGCCUCUGAGGAGAAACACCAGGAGAGUGCGAUGGAGGAGCUGAAAGGCAUUCUGGAUACAGUUAAAAAGAGUCCCAGCCGUGGAUUCCAGGAAACAUUGCCUGUUAAAAAAGACAGUGAACUUGAAGUGAUUCUGAGGAGGAGACGCAAGCAGGCCUGUGAUCCAGCUGCAGCAGAUGAGAUGGAUGGUCAGAUCAGCAAGGUUUCCUCGAACGAUAGCCUAAAUGGUCGACACAGUUCUGACUCAGGUAAAGACACGGACGGGCCAGGGAGUAGCUCUCUCUCCACCAGCGACACUGGCUCCAGAAGCAGCACAGACUCCGGCAAAGAACCACCCACAGCCCGCAGGAGCUCAGACUUCGGCACAGAGCCAAGCGGAACCAAACCGAGAGCUUCCGUCCAGAGAUCCCUUUCUGAGAAAAGACCUGCAGAACUGGUCAACAACAAAAGCCCCUGCAACCGGGUGCAGAAGAAUGAAGAGGAAGAGAAGAGUGAGCAACCCAAUGGGAUCAGCCACCCCACACACAAUGAGGACCUGCAGGCCUCUCUCAGCUCCUCAGCAGAUGGCCCUAACGAUGCAAAUGGCAGCGUGGACGCUGAGUGUUAACGGAAGGCAAGCACUAGCAGGACAGCUGCAGCAUUUGCACAGAAAUCUUGUUUUUUAAUUUCUAUUUAUUAUUCCAAAUUAUGCACAGGUUCAGUUUUAGGUAUUCAGAGCACAAACUGUCUGAUUGUGUGGGUUUGUAUCCACUAAUGAACACCCUUUAUAUAGAUCUAUCCUGCAUUUUGGGAACUUAAAGGAAACCUACUUUAUUCCUGUUGGGAAAUGAUCAUUUGCUCCUCUGUAAAGUAUCUUUUGGAAAGUGGGUUUUGCCAGAACGUGUACCAUGCACUUGCAAGAAAAUGCAACAUAUGAAAUGCAUUGCUACAAAGCCUUUCCAAAGGAAAUAUUCAAACACACAAAGUGACCCCUUUUCUGUUUGCAUCAGCCAUUAGCAGGAUUUGCCAGAGACUUAUAGAAGCAAUCCUGCACGGCAACUUGUAUGGGACAUUAUCCAAAGUUUAUUUUGCCUAGUACAAAGCUUAGGUAAUGUCUGAGUUAGGUCAGAUGUGAAUUAAGCAAGUCAUUUUCCAGAUUUUUCACAGCAGGUCGUUUCGUGCCUCCUGCACAUGCAAUGCAGGUGCUACCCCUUGCCUAAACCACAGAACUUUCCGGUAGUCAGAAAAUCUCCAUCAGUAUGUCACGUGUGCAAGAGCAGCUCCAGAUUGUCCGGACCUGACAGUUCCUACUCUUGAAUACAGUAAUUUACCAUAAUUUUAUGUUGUUCAAACACAACCUUUAAAUUUGUCCAUGAUUUUGUGUAGUGAGGAUUAUUAGGUCUAAAAUUGAUAUCACAAGAGUUUGACUGUAAUAAACCUGUAUCAAUCUUAAUCAUGAUGUGCACUAAACAUUAAUAAGGAAAGAAUUCACAUAAAACAUGAUGUUGCAGUUGAGAGGCAAUUCUCUAAUCUAGAGAAAAACAUCUUUGUAUUUAGCCUAAUUAACACAACACCUCAAGUUGGUCAUCAGCUCAUCUAGCUAUAAAGUGCCUAGAGGGCAUUAAGGCCUUAAAACCUCAGUUAAGGCAUUAAGACCUUGCUUGUAGAAUUUAGGUCAACAUGAUGCAAUUUGGCAUCAUACAUGCCAAAAAUACCACAUGCACACCAUAAAUCUAACAACAAACAACAGCUAAUUACCUAUCGCAAUAACAAAAGGCUGUACGUUACUACACUGCUAAGCUCAUCAUCAGCUUGAUUUCCAUGUUCAAAAAGUAAAAUGUAAUCAAAGACCAUUGUUUACAAUGCAAAAACUCAAUCCUGAAUCAGACUGAAAACAGUACAGCACACCAAGGCACUUCUGCUGUUAUAUCUGAGGCUCUGUGGUUCAGUUUCUGAACCUUCCUCAUUAGAUGCAAAUACAAGUCAUGCAAGUGCUCUGAAAGACAUAGAUAAGCAUGUAGGAGAUACUGUAGAUUAGGAUAUAUACAAUCUACCUCCUCCUAGACCAACUCACCUCCUAGCUAUCUGUAAUUGUACCGGUUCUUUACAUUGUGACAAUAAAGUGAACGUUCUUAAGGAUUGACAUGCUAUUCUCCAAUGUCUUCCACCUGUUUUCCCGAGUUUUUGCACUGCAGUGAAUUCACUGCUUGGGGAUUGUAUGACAUUUGCUUGGUUUCACAUGUAAUGUUGUGUAAUGUUAAGGUAGAGGUAGGUGGGCUGUAAGGGGUUUUUAUAACCUCUCCAAACAAUGCAAUAUCAUCUGAUCAUUCUUUUUAUGAUGUGCAACAGCCAGGAGAUAGAGGAGAUUGUCACUGCUUUCACAGAGCGAUACUGUAUCAGCCUGUAAAGAAUUGAACUGUUGUGCUCUACUAGGGUUUAUUACAUCACCCACUGAGAUCUGAAUUCUGAUAUACUGUACAUGGCACAUUAAAACUGUUUCAUAUUAAACUUGACAAUUUUAAGAGACUGUUCUUGUCCAGCAAUGAACUGACCCAAGUCAGUAACUGUGGGAUGUUUACUGGCCUUACUGCAACACCAUAUGGUUCUGCUCCGCCUGCAUGCCGUCCAGGCUGUAAGAAGUUAAGGAUUCACUCGGGAUGCUAUCUGACUGUUGUGAUCUUAAAACGUGUGUAUGUUUGCGUGUGUGUGUUUUGAAGCUACAAAAAAUGAGUGCACCUUUUAAUUUAAAAAUCAUGUUAUUCUCCUGCACCGUACCUUUUAAACUGGACUGAAUAAACAUGAAGAACUA